ACCCCCUUUGAGAUGACCCCUCCUAUCCCUGUUAUGUCAUCAAGGUUCCACUGUUGGAAAAGAGAUCAGACUUCUAUCACCAUGGUGGAUGUGAGGUGUCUCAGUGACAGUGAAUUACAGGAAGAACUUCAGAAGCUUGGAUUUUCACCUGGCCCAAUACUACCUUCCACCCGAAAGGUGUAUGAAAAUAAGCUGGUGCAGUUGCUAGUCUCGACUCCCUGUGCACCACCUGCGACGAAUGGACCUAGGCAGGCGGAUGUACCACAGGACAGCGAUGACAGCGAAGAGCUUAAUACCACUAUCGUUUUGAAAGGAAAUAUCAUACUCUCAACAGAAUAUGACGAGGCACCCAAAAAAAACCUGGUUUUUGAAAUACAAGAACGGCAGGAGGUAGGAAAACCAAACUCCGAUUACAAUGAUUCCAAGAUGAUAAAGAGGUCCGAGGCUCCCAACACAAGACCCAAAGCCCCAGAUAGCUACUGCCUGGAUUCUAAAACUUCCAAGGAAAAAAGGGGUGCUGCAAGAGCAUCACAACCCAUAAUCAAGGAAGACAGUGAAACCGCAGACGAUGACUACUGCCCACUAGCCAGGGUUAUUCGGCGCAGGAGACUGGAAGGGCUUCCGGUGGCCUUAGCCAUGCUUGGCAUCUUCAUCAUUGUGGUUUUUGUCUACAUAACUGUGGAAAAGAAGCCUCUCUUUGGUUAAAUGUUUUGGGAGAGGAGCAGACCCGGCGAGGUAAGGAGUGUGUGGCUGGGUGCUGCUCCGAGCCCGAAACUUCAGGAAAGAAUGGAAGGACUACUCUGAAGAGGGGAGACCCAGCCCCCGCACCACAUCCCCUCCCUUGCACUGUGCUCUCUCACAGAUCCCUGCCCGUGCUCAGCCCCCACCCCAGCACCUGUGUCAAAGAGCAUGGUGGUUAGGAAAAUCCCCAGGUCAUCUCCGCCAUCAUUAAAGGUGCUCCCAAGUUUGAGCAGACUUCUAAAAUAGGGAACCGUGCCUGGCAUUUUUCUUUUCAACUACAGUGACAAGACAUAGGUCAGAUCUUACUCUUCAAAUUGUACAACCAA